AAACAUUCCUACGGUGUGGUGGUAGAAUCCAGCCAGAUCAGCGCGGAUAUAUUCGUAAUCGAAUUGAGCAAUAUCCACAGUAUAUUCAGCAAUUCAGCGAGUCGAAAAGUGAUUUUUCUGAGCGUGUAAAGUGAUCAUUUGCAGGCUUGAGCGCAGCAUGCAAAAUCCUGCGGCGAGCCUCUGACCAAAUUAAGAACUAAAUAUUGUAUACAAAUCAAACCCCACGAAGCCCAGCGUCUUUCGGAUACUUCAAGUUUCAGCUGCAAACCAGGAGUUAGAACCAUCAGCAAUCAUCAUGAGUAUGAACUACCACAACUACAACAGCAGCUCGCGAUUCGACAUGGUCGUGGAGAUAGCCAAUAUCGCGCUGGAUGAGUUCAAGACCCAUCACAUAACGCGCAACUAUACGGGCCUGGUGCAGCGGUACUACCAACUGGUGGAAGAGGAUUACGGCGAUCCGCGAGCAACGCGCUUCCCGCUGAUGGAGCAUCCGAUGUUCACCUUCGGCAUGGUGGCCAUCUACUUGUCCUGGGUCCUGGUCAUCGGACCCCUCUUCAUGCGCGACCGCAAGCCCUUCCAGCUGCGCCGCACCCUGGUCGUCUACAAUGCCUUCCAGGUGGCCCUCAGCGGCUAUAUGUUCUACGAGCACCUAAUGGCCGGCUGGCUGAACUACUACAAUCUGAAGUGCCAACCGGUUGACUACUCCGAUAGUCCCAGUUCCAAGCGGAUGCUCAACCUGUGCUACCUGUACUACCUGUCCAAGCUGACCGAGUUCGCCGACACCAUGUUCUUUGUGCUGCGCAAGAAGUCAUCGCAGAUCACCUGGCUGCACGUGUACCAUCACUCGGUGACGCCCCUGGAGACCUGGGUGCUCGUCAAGUUCCUGGCAGGUGGAAACGCCACAUUCCCGAAUCUGCUGAACAACUUUGUGCACGUGUGCAUGUACUUCUACUACAUGAUGGCCGCCAUGGGACCCGAGUACGCCAAGUUCCUGUGGUGGAAGAAAUACAUGACCGAGCUGCAGAUCGCCCAGUUCGUGCUGUGCAUCUUCCACACCAUCCGCGCCCUCUUCAGCAACCAGUGCCAGUUCUCCAAAUUCAUCUCUGCGCUGCUCCUGCUGAAUGCCUCCAUUUUCUUCUGCCUCUUCAUGAACUUCUACAUGCAGAGCUACAGGAAGUCCAAGGCGGCGCAGCAGCAACUGCAGCAGCAGCAGCAGCAACUUCCGGCCACGCCCUGCAAGGCGGACGACAACAACAACACGGCGAUGCUGGCGCAAAAGCUGAAAGCCAACUAAAGCGAAAUCUAGACAGAAAUCAGUCAGUUGUUGACGGAAAGUGCUUCCAGGGAUUGCCCGAAGGGGGAACAAAUUUUGCAUAAACGGAUCAGAUUGGUGAUGGCAACGGACGGAACGGAAGUAGUUUUGGUACAAAGGUUUCAACUAACGCUAAGCUAAGCUUAAGAGCCAUAAAUACACGAGCGUGCACACACACAGAAAAGGAAACGGAAACGGAAACAGAGGAAGUCGGGAGAGUCCGCCGGCCGAUGAUGGAGGACACGGGGCGUAUGCGCAACUUCAAUUUCAAUUUGAUUACCCAUCCACCAGCUCCUCCUCGCUAGCUUCGCUUGAUUGCUUCGCUUCGCAUUCUGAAAUUCUCAAAUUCUCGUAUUCUCGCCAUCUGUGGCUGCAAUCGCUUAUGUGUAGAACCGUACAACAAACUGGGUCAAUUUUCGAGAUCUGACUAAUGUGUAAGUCGCCUAAUUCUAGAACCUCACGAACAAAGCGCGUUUAGUUUUUAAUCCCCUUAGGCUAAGUGAUUAUUGUAAUUGUGUAUAGACGAUUUGUAAAUAGCCUGUUAAAUGUUAAUGUUAAAUAUUUGUAGUCCUAAGUCAACUAGUCUAACUUACAACAUUCGCACGAACAAAUACGGCGAGCACGAAAUUAAAAGCGAAGACAAAUAAAAACGAAGAAAAGAUAAAUAUAAUAAAACGAAAAAUAAACCAA